UUUCUUUUUCUUCUUCCUUUGUCAUGCAUUUUAAAUCCAUUGUCAAAAUAUCUUUUUUAUUUCCGCUUUUUAAAUUAUAUUUCACUCAUGUCUUCUGAUCUUACCACGCACAGGGGCCACUGCCACUGCAGAACCGUUACUUGGGAAAUCCAAGCGCCAGCCAAACUACACAUCGACGAGUGCAACUGCUCUAUCUGCAACCUCAACGGAUUCCAACAUAUCAUUGUGCCGAAAUCCAAAUUUACGCUGCUUUCAGGAAAAGACAAUAUAACCACGUACACGUUCAACUCGCACAUCGCGCAGCAUUAUUUUUGCAAAACCUGCGGAAUUGAGUCAUUCUAUGUGCCUCGUAGUAACCCUGACGGAUACUCCAUUAACUUUAGAUGCCUGGAGAGAGAUAAUGUGGAGGAAUACGAGAUUGUUCCAUUUGAUGGACUCAACUGGGAUACAAAUGCCCAAAAGCUAGCACACCUGUCAAAGGACUAAGAAGUGGUUUUGUCAUUUUCAAUUUAAUAAUAGAUACCAAUGUUGCAGUUUGGAC